AUGGGGGACGACAGUUCACAGGAUAAGGCUUCCGCGCCUCCAUCUGCAGCAGCAGCAGGAGCAGCUCCAGCUGGAAAUCCACAACAACAACCAGCCAGUGCAAUCAGAAAUAAAGUGGAUGUUCCGCCUGGAUUCGGAAGACGUGUCAGUUCAGUGGAGGUUGUGAAAAACGCGAUGCCACCGACCAAAAAGGCGUCCGUCGUGAUUUUUGAAACUCCAGAUACUCCAAAAGCUGAAAGAAGAGCUUCAUCGUGGUGGCGCAAUUUAGUGAUGGACGACGACAAAACUGCGCCUGUGCAGUCUGAUACUGUGAUAUCUCCCGAAAAUGCUGGAAAUGGACUCGCCGACCAUCAUCGUAACAUUUCAACUGCCAGUGUUGGAGAUAGGGAACUAUACGCAUGGGGAACAAAUAAAGAUGCUGGAGGAAAUCACAAUUUGGCUCUUUUCGAAGAACCUUCAAUGCCAUUUUUCUCUAGCUAUCUGAAAGCCCAUAUCACACCUGGACCACUUGAAAGAGCUCAGAGCUCAUCACACGGUGGUCAUGGAGCCAAAGCUGAUCUUGGAGUGCUUCUCGGAGUCUACUUGCCGACGAUUCAACAUAUUCUUGGUGUAACCAUGUUCAUUCGUCUCUUUUGGCUUGUUGGAAUCGCUGGGCUCGGGCAAACUUUUCUGCUACUUUUCCUUUGCUGCUUCUGUACUUUCCUUACCUGCAUCUCUAUAUCAGCCGUCGCAACCAAUGGAGUCGUUGAAUCUGGUGGAGCCUAUUUCAUGAUAUCACGUAAUCUUGGACCAGAGUUCGGAUCAGCAGUGGGAAUACUGUUCUACCUUGCUAAUACUGUAGCCACAUCUAUGUACUUGGUCGGAGGAGUUGAAAUAUUGUUACUCUACAUUUUCCCUGGAUUAACGUUCGGAGGAGUUGAAGGACAACAUGAUACCUCCAUGUUCGGAACGAUGACCAACUCUCUACGAUUCUACUCCACAAUACUACUUCUCAUCGAAUUUGCCAUUGUCGCCAUGGGAGUCAAGUUUGUACAAAUGCUUGCACCGGUUUCACUCGUCUGUGUAAUUUUGUCGAUUCUCGCCUGUUAUGCCGGUGGAGUAACAAAAACUAUUUAUCCCGAUUCAGGACAAUAUGUUUGUAUGUACAACGACCGUCUUCUCCAAUCGAGCGCUGUUCUGAAUGAAAGUAUUCCACUUGACGAAAUAUGCAAUUAUUGUAAUAUAAACAACACUUUCCUCGCCGAUAGAGUAUGUGGAGGACGGUGCAACUCUACAACAAUUCCUCAUGUAUCUCCGUUCCGUUGCAUUAACGGUUUCCCUGGUUUCCAAGGUGGUCAAACACUUCUCGAGAAUCUUGGACCAAAUUAUCUUGAAAAGGGUGAAGCAGCACAUGGAACUCAAGCUGAUACUAAGUCUGAUGUUUACCAAGAUGUUCGCACCUCAUUCUUUGUGCUUCUCGCUAUCUAUUUCCCUGCUGUAACUGGAAUUUUUACUGGAGCAAACAUGAGCGGAGAUUUGAAGAAUCCACAAGCAUCGAUUCCUGCAGGAACUAUUGCUGCCAAUUUGACGACUUCAUUCGUUUAUUUCUCUUUGGCAUUCAUCUUCGGUGGCGCUAUCGAUAAUGCAGUUUUACGAGACAAAAAUGGGCAGUCUGUAGGAGGUCAAAUGGUGGUUGCUCUACUGUCGUGGCCAUCUCCAUGGGUUCUCCUCAUUGGUUCUUUCCUCUCAACGUUUGGAGCUGCCCUUCAAUGUUUGUGCUCUGCGCCACGUCUUCUUCAAGCAAUUGCCAAAGACGAAGUCAUUCCUCUUCUUUCUCCAUUCAAAAAGGUCACUGCCAACAAUGAGCCCUUCCUUGGAUUGAUUUUGACAACUAUUAUUGCUGAAAUUGCAAUUCUCAUGGGAAGCAUGGACACGAUUGCCGCUGUUGUCGACUUCUUCUUCCUUAUGUGCUACGCUUUUGUCAACAUAAUCUGCACACUUCAUUCAUUGCUGGGAGCUCCUAACUGGAGGCCACGAUUCAAGUAUUACCAUUGGUUCCUGUCACUUCUCGGUGCAGUUCUUUGCUUCUUUAUCAUGUUCUCAACUCAUUGGGAUUAUGCUAUUGUCGCCUGUCUGCUCUGUCUUGUAAUUUAUAAAUACGUGGAAUGGAAGGGAGCCAAAAAAGAAUGGGGAGACGGAAUUCGUGGACUUGCUCUCACUACAGCUCAGUAUUCAUUGAUGAAGAUCGAAGACAAGGAACCUCAUCCAAAGAACUGGAGACCUCAACUCCUUUUGCUUCUCUCAAUGCAAUGGUCGAAAGAAAUUAUUGAUGUUCGUUAUUUGAACCUUCUCAAUCUGGCAUCUCAGCUCAAGGCUGGAAAAGGAUUAACCGUGGUUACUGCAUUCUUGCAGGGAGAUCCAACAAGCCCUGACGAUAAGAAGAAGGGAGAGCAGGUCAAAGCACGCAUGGACUUCGAUAUGAACCAAGUUCGUCUUCGUGGUUUUGCAAAGACCCUUGUGCACUCAGAAGAUCAAGUUCGGGGCUCUAUGUCUACACUUGUUCAGUCUGUUGGUCUUGGAGGACUGAAACCGAAUACGAUGCUCAUUUCAUGGCCAGUGCACGAACGUGAAGAAGAUAUGACCGAAUACAACACUUUCAUCGAAAAAGUCCAUGCUGCUUCGAUAAACGAUAUGGCUAUUGUUGUUGCCAAAGGAAUUAUUGACUUCCCAUCAGCCGUUUUCCGAAUGAGUGGAAUGAUUGAUGUCUACUGGAUUGUUCACGACGGAGGUCUCUGUCUUCUUAUGGGAUACCUUCUGAAACAACACAAAGUAUGGCGUGGUUGCAAGCUCCGUGUUAUUGGAAUCGCUCAGGAGUCUGAUAACAACGUGAAGAUGCAGGAAGAUCUGCAAAAGUACGUCUAUCAACUACGUAUUGAUGCAAAGAUUAUGAUAGUCGAAUUAGCCGAUCCAGAGAUCUCCAAGAAUGCCUUCGAACGGACAUUAUUAAUGGAAGAACGAACAAUGAUGAUGAGAGAUUUACAAAAAGUUUCUGGUGGAGGAAUGUCACUCUCAUUACCGCCAGCAAAUGCUCCACGAGCACCAUCACCGCUUGUUACAUCCGAAAGAAGAGCAAAUUCAAAGGACUCAGACGAGGGAACACCGACAGAAAGUGAAGAAACAACAGAAAAGAAGUCAACAAGCACUGAUAAUGAACAAGCUAAUCAAGAAACGAAGACCAAGAAGGAGAGAAUGAAGGCUUUGGACAGAUCGAAGGUUUCGAAAAUGCACACUGCAGUACGACUCAACGAGUUGUUGCUACAACAUUCCGCCAAUUCUCAGUUGAUUCUACUUAAUCUGCCCAAGCCUCCGGUGCACAAAGAUCAGCAAGCACUUGAUGAUUAUGUUCAUUAUUUGGAAGUGAUGACCGACAAACUCAACCGAGUGAUUUUCGUCCGUGGAACUGGCAAAGAAGUGAUCACGGAGAGCUCGUAACUUCACAAAGUACGCUUGUUAUCAAGAAAAUAUACAUAUCUAUGGUUUUAUCACUUUCCCGUAAAUUUUCCCAAAGGUUUGCAAUCUCUUGCCCCCACUCAUUCACAUCACUCCUCUCAUGAUUUGUUUCCCGAAUCUGUAGAACCCUUUAAAUAUUUGUAAGUCUUAGACGUGGUUGUCAAGCUCUCAUUCAUGCUUGACGUCUUCUAGUCUUCUGAAUUAUCGCACAUCUUCACACAGAAACUUUGCAUAAUCCGCGUCACUCGUAUAUUUAUUUCUUGUUCAAUAAUUCCCCCGUUUCAAACAGUAAGGUAUUCCUUCUUACCAUCACACCUUUCCCACUCUUGUAACAUUAUCUAUAUGGUUUUUGGUUACGUUUAGACGUUUUUUGGCGCCCUCCGUACUCUCGUCGGAAUAUGAUGAACGGCAUUUUAUAUAUUCGUUUAGGUAGUUCCUGAUUUGUUUUUUUUGUUUUCUUGAAAAUUGAUUGAUGUUCAAAUUUUUUUUGAAUAAUUUCUUAUCAACUUUGUAGAUUCUUUCCAUCCUAAACAUUGCCGAUGUUAGUACCGUAACCUACCGUAAGUCGUGUUUUCCUCCCUGUGGUCAUUCACUGUUUUUAUGUCAAAGGAGUCUGUCUGACUUUACUUCUAUCAUUCACCAUCCCCUUCAGUAUCAUAUCAACCCCGAUCCCCCUUACUUUUCUAUCGCCCAUCACCACGUUCUUUGUUUUAUGUUUCCGUUUAUAUAUUUAGUAUGCUAUAAAUGGUUAGAUUCAUG